ACGGCUAGGCCCCGAGCCCUUCUCGGCUCUGUCGUUCGGUUCCGGCACCGCGCGGGAAUCUGGUCCGCGGUGUCUCGGGCGCACUCCGCCCUGCGCGUCGGCCUGUUCUGCGGGAAGGGUGCGUGCUCUCUCCUCCCCCGCCUCCCGCCGCCUUUGAUCCUGCUGCGCACUGCGUCCCCACGCGGAUCCCUGGCUCACCUCCCGCCUGGUGGAGGAGCCGUGGUCAUGCGGACCCAGCAGCCAGCUGCGUCGAGUACGAGCCCCUCUAAACCCUUCCGGAACCUCUCUGGUUCACUUUGUGCCCUGUUUUCUGAUGCAGACUCGGAAUCUGGGAUGAAGGCGGAGCUUGCUUCUCGGCCAGGGGCAGGGGGGAGGGAGAUGACCCAAGAAGAAAAGCUGCAGCUUCGGAAAGAAAAGAAACAGCAAAAGAAGAAACGGAAGGAGGAAAAGGGGACAGAACCAGAAACUGGCUCUGCUGUGUCUACAGCCCAAUGUCAAGGCCCGACCAAAGACCUGCCAGGACCGGACAGUCAGUUGGGCACUGCCAAGGAGAAGAUUCCAGCAGGUCGGAGUAAAGCUGAACUUCGAGCUGAACGGCGAGCGAAGCAAGAGGCUGAGCGGGCCCUGAAGCAGGCAAGAAAAGGGGAACAAGGAGGGCCCCCUCCUCAGUCCUGCCCCAGCACAGCUGGAGAAACCCCCUCAGGAGUGAAGCGGCUACCUGAGCACACCCAGGUUGAUGAGCCCACACUUCUGAGAAGGCUUGUUAAACGGCCCGAGCGACAGCAGGUUCCAACACGAAAGGAUUAUGGCUCCAAAGUCAGUCUCUUCUCCCACCUACCCCAGUACAGCAGACACAACUCUCUGACCCAGUUUAUGAGCAUCCCAUCCUCUGUGAUCCACCCAGCCAUGGUGCGGCUCGGCCUGCAGUACUCCCAGGGCCUGGUCAGCGGCUCCAACGCCCGGUGCAUCGCCCUGCUUCGUGCCUUGCAGCAGGUGAUUCAGGACUACACGACACCACCCAAUGAAGAACUCUCAAGGGACCUGGUGAAUAAACUAAAGCCCUACUUCAGCUUCCUGACUCAGUGCCGUCCCCUGUCAGCGAGCAUGUACAACGCCAUCAAGUUUCUGAACAAGGAGAUCACGGGUGUGAGCAGCUCCAAGCGGGAAGAGGAGGCCAAGUCAGAACUUCGAGCAGCCAUUGAUCAGUAUGUGCAAGAGAAGAUCGUGCUUGCAGCUCAGGCGAUCUCACGCUUUGCUUAUGAGAAGAUCAGCGACGGAGAUGUGAUCCUGGUGUAUGGAUGCUCCUCUCUGGUGUCACGCAUUCUUCAGGAGGCCUGGACGAAGGGCCGGCGGUUUCGGGUGGUAGUGGUGGACAGCCGGCCACGGCUGGAGGGCAAGCACACGCUGCGUUCUCUGGUCCGUGUGGGGGUCCCAGUCUCCUACCUGCUGAUUCCUGCAGCUUCCUAUGUUCUCCCAGAGGUUUCUAAGGUGCUAUUGGGAGCUCAUGCUCUCCUGGCCAAUGGGUCUGUGAUGUCACGGGUAGGGACGGCGCAGCUGGCCCUAGUGGCCCGGGCCCACAACGUGCCAGUGCUGGUCUGCUGUGAAACAUACAAGUUCUGUGAGCGGGUGCAGACUGAUGCCUUUGUCUCUAACGAACUAGAUGACCCUGACGAUCUGCUGUGUGAGCGAGGAGAACACGUGGCCCUGGCUAACUGGCAGAACCACGCAUCCCUGCGGUUGUUGAAUCUGGUCUAUGAUGUGACCCCCCCAGAACUGGUGGAUCUGGUGAUCACGGAGCUGGGGAUGAUCCCUUGCAGUUCUGUACCUGUUGUCCUACGAGUCAAGAGUAGUGACCAGUGAGUGGGGGAACACUGGGUUAAUAAAUGACAUACUCCCUACA